GCUACGGGAGGAGCGGGAGGAGUAAUUCUGGGAGGCGCAGGCCGACGCCGCCUACAACCACCACCUCCUCCAGAAGCAUCUGCAGGCGGAGGAGCAGCUCGCCAGUAGGGCGGUCACGCCAGACGUUGACAUGGCGGAGCAGGAGGCGCGUUCGGUGUUGGCGCGGGUGGCCCGUGGCGGCCACCCCGUCUACCAGCCGCUUCUUCGGGCAGAGGGAAACCUAACCGCGGACACCCUGGGCAAGCGGUUCCUCUCCGGCUUCAAGGGACGCGACUUUUAUUCCAUUUUGGAUAAGCUGCAUUCUUCUGAGAUUUUUUAUCCUGUCGGUCCUAUUCCGAUGCUGUUCGCUUUCACUUUUUUUAUGGGAACAAUGAUACCCUACACAAUUUAUAGCAUCAAAAGGGCAAAAGAGAGCGCCAAGGAGUUGGAGGACUGGAAGGCUGAAUGGAGGGCUUACGAGGCUGAUCGUCAGAAGAGUCAUUGA